AUGCUCUCGAAUAACAGAGUUUGUGAUGUCGGGGAAGUUGAUGACGUGGCGUUAUUCACUUGCAAAGAUGGCGAAGGUUUAGUCCACCACCGACCGAAAGUGAUAUUCUUAGCAUAUGUUUCAUUCAUUCUACUCUCUUUUCCUUCAUUUUUGUUUAAAUUUCUUUCACUUUUUCUUUUUUUUCUUUCAUUACACUUUUAUUUUACCCUAUUUAUUUUUAUUCACAUUUUUUCUUUCAAUCGUCUUAUUUUCUUUACUUAUUUUUCAUUCACAUUUUCUUUCCUUUUUUCUUACGUUUCUUUCACUUCAUCCGUUUUUUCAUUCUUAUUUUUAAUAUUUUAUAUUCUUCCAUUCUCUUUCUUUCGAUUCUAUAACUCUUUUUUCUUUUUUUCACUCUUCUUUACUUUUACUUUUUCUUUUUCCUUUCACUCUUCUAUUUUGUUUAUAUUGACUCUCCUUUCAAUUAUUUCAAUUUUCUUUGUUUUUACCUUUAUCUCUGUUUUCUUUCUUUCUUCUUUAUUUUCUCUCAGUGUAUUUCAUUCUAACUUCUUUAUUACAUUUCACUUACUUUUUUUCGUUUCAUUCUUUUUUUUUAGACUUCUUCAAAUCUUUUUUGUCGAUUCUUUCAGUCUUGCUUGUGAUUACUUUUCUUUUUGCUCUUUCAGUCUUCUUCAUCUUUUGGAGACUUCUUCAUUCUUGUUAUUCAUUCUCUUUCUGCCAUUCUUUUUAUUAUCUUUCACUCAUCUUUCUUUUUUAGCACUAUACAUUUUUCUUUCACUUUCUUCAACUUUGUUUUUCUUUUUUCACUCUCUAUUUUUCGAUUCUUCGCCCUUAUUCUUUAUUUUCAUUUACUCUGUGUCCUGGUCUCUAUCUGUCUGUCUGUCUGUCUGUCUGACUCAUUGUAUCUAUCUAUCGAUCUAUCUAUCUAUUUUUAAUUAUAUCUAUGUAUUUCUCUGUCUCGGUCGCUCUCAGUCUAUCUAUCUAUCUAUCUAUCUAUCUAUCUAUCUAUCUAUCUAUCUCUUUGUCGGUCUCUCUAUUUAUCUGUCUGACUAUCUAUCUAGCUAG